AUGGCAUCAGCAGCUGCAACAGACCCAAAACGAUUACAGAACCUAUAUGUCGCUCGUUUGGUAACUCAAGAGAGACCUUGCUUUGUCUGCAGCAAAUUCACUGGUGUCGUAUUAACGUCUGCCGACAAUAGCAACACAGAUUGGUUUUAUGUCUGUCGAGCACAUUUAGGUGAUUUCAAUUUCUGCUCAAAGCUGGGAGGAUCACCAAAACCUGCACAAAAUGCUCAGAUAAAAAAGGAACAAUUGGUCAACAGACCUCCUGAAAGUGAUAGCGUCGUGGAUUUAGUAUCGAGCAUAGGCUCUGCUUGGAAAUCGUGGCGAGGGAGCGGUAAGAAAUCAGACGAAGAGGACGACAAGAAGAAGGAUGACAAGAAGGGCGAUGAUAAAGACAACGAAAAGGACGAGUCCCAAGUCGAAAAGAAGGCAUCCUCUUCUCCAGCUCUCAGCAGCGACACGAGUCUGCCACCAUCACCAGCACCAGCAUCUGUACCUGCCUCGCCUCAGCAACCAGUGCGCUUUGUAAUUCAACGUGAUUAUUUUUACCUGAGACAACGGGAGUACAUGAAGAAGAUCCAAAAGAAAGAGGCCUCGGAAAAGUUGAAAACGCUCCAAUUUCCAGAGGUUCCCAAGACUUUACCCACCAUGCAAAAAUAA